UUUAUCUUGGAGGAGGGAGAUGAGUAGGGAAUGAGAUUAACCCCCACUCUGGGGAGAGGCUGUUGGAGUGAUGUGGUGUUUGAGGGCACACGUCGUGUACCAGCCGGAAUUGGGCUGAGGGAGUGACAGACAUCAUCAAGGACACCAAAAUCUUGAUGGCUGUGGGUCUUAUACAGCACACGUGGCAAAUGAAAUAAGCUAAUAGUAAACUGAUGGCUCGUGUGGAAGUUUCCAUGUCUGCCUGCUGGGCCAUGUCCUUGCCUGGUGCUGCUCCUUAGUGGGAGUGAUGAUAUUGUUGUAGUUAUCGUUCUUGUUUAUUUGGGGGGAUGAUUUAUGUCAUCCUGGCAUGCAGGCAGGUGGAACCCCUUGCAUUUGGUGUUUUGCUGCUGUUGGGCACGAGAGCUGAUGUGCCCUUAGGUACUGAGCAGCUGGCUGCUGGGCUCUGGGAUACCCCAUGGACUGCAAUUUUGGAGCCAGGCUGCCUCCAGCUCCCCCAGGGCCUGUAGCACUUCUCCAGGGUGGACGGAGAGAUGUCUUUGGAGGGAGAGCCCUGGAGCUUUCUCUCCCUCAUGUCCAAUGCACUUUGAUGCAAGUGGACCAGGACACCUCCCUUUGUUUUAAAGUCUCCACAAAUCUUUGAAGCUCGGAUAAAUUCAGGUGCUGUGAUGUGCCUCCAGGCAGGGGAAAGCAAGAGCCUCUGGUCAUUGUUAAGUCGUGAGACAUCAGCACCAUAAGAGGUAUGGAGGGUUAAAGUGAAAAAGCCAGCUUAUUGAACUUCAUCUUGCUAAUUAACACAGGGUGAAGAACAAAGAGAGACAAUGUUAUGAAGGGGGAAUUAUCACGGGUGUUAAAAUAUUAAGUCAUCUGCUGCCGGAACUGAUUCCCAGUGGCUAUUUUGUAUUCAUGGUCAGACACUGGAUGAGGUGUCUAAAUGAGUUUGGAACAUCACUUGACACUGGAAGCUUUAAAGGACAAACCUGGGUUGUAAAGUCAUGAUUCCCACAGUAUAGGUGAAAGUAUUUAAGGUUGGGCAGAGCUAAUGCCUCAGCUUCAAAUCUUCUGCCUCCUCUUGCAGACAGAGCGAGGUCCUGGCAGCAUGUCUGCACUUUGCAGAUGAGCUCUGUAUUCACGUGGCCCCCUUGGAUUUGGGGUUUAUCCUCUGGGUGCCCAGUGCUGUUUAAUCCUGGCUUACAAACCAGCCGGCAGCAGUGGGACUGCUUGUUUCUUGUCGCUCAGGGCAGCUUCAUUAUCCUGCAGGAUCACAACUCUACUUAAAAUAAGAAGAUUUGGGGGAGAAAAGAAAAAAACACCCCAAACCGUGUGUUGGGUGGAUUUUAUUAUUAUUAUUAUUAUUUUGCUUUCUGAUUCUGGAGCUCCUGUGAGUGCAGGAGGGGACGAGCUUUCACCGGCCCUUCCCGCUCACCUGGCAGGGAGGGGAGAUGCCAGCCGGGAUCCCGGGACUCCGGGAGCGUGUGCCCCGGCAGUGCCUGCGGCAGCCCCCCUUGGCCGGGCGCCUCUUCCCUGGCACACCCCGGCCAGAGGGUUGGCUGCUCCCGCAUCCGUCACAGUGCCUGAGAGAACACGCCGGUGACGUGCCGGUCCCCUCCUCCUGCCCGCGGACACGGAGCAGCCGGCUCGGAGCCCCGACACGAAACGCGAUGGAGAGGUCGAAGCUGCCGGGGACGCGGAGAUGUAGCGGUGCUCGGGUUUUAAGUGCUUAAAAAGGCAUCUGUGGUGGAGCCAGGCGGCAGGCAGGGAUCCCCGGGAAGCAGCGGACAGAGAUGAGUGUUCUGGGAGUCGGCGGAGGUGGGAACGCUCCUAACAAUCCCUUUUUCCUCUGCUGAGAGACCCAGACUUCCUUCCUUCCCACUCCUCUGCAAAAAGCUGUAGAGAAAACAGAGCACCAUGUACACCUUCCUACCCGAGAACUUCACACCUGUGAAGCAGAAGCCCUCCAAGGAGCUGAGGCCCAUGCUCGGGGCCAUCUUGCUGGGCCUCAUGCUGUUCAUCGCCGCAGUGGUGGCCUGGUGCUACUACACGGUGUCCCUGCGGAAGGCGGAGCGGCUCAAGACGGAGCUGAUGGACCUGCGGGCGGACGGCUUCGUCAUCAGGAACCAGCACGGGGAGGUGGUGUUCCGGCUGGCCUUCCGCUCGGGCAGCCUGGACCUGGAGUCGUGCUCCAAGGAGGGCGAGAUCCUGAGCUGCACGCGGUCGAGCCGGGGGCCGCUCAACUUCUUCAUCCAGACGGUGAAGCCCAAGGACACGGUGAUGUGCUACCGCGUGCGCUGGGAGGAGCUGGCGGCCGGCCCGGCGGUGGAGCACACCAUGUUCUGGGAGGAUGCCCACUGGUACGGGGGCUCGGAGAUGAGCACCCAGCACUGGCCCAUCCGCCUGGCCGGCUACCAGGAGCCCGUGCCCUACGUGACCAGUGACGUCUACUCCUUCCGCGACAGCUUCGGCGGCAUCCUGGAGCGCUACUGGCUCUCCUCCAAGGCGGCGGCCAUCAAGAUCAACGACUCCGUGCCCUUCCACCUGGGCUUCAACGCCACCCAGCGCGCCCUCUUCUUCCAAGCCCGCUACAAGGACUCUCCCUACAAGCCCCCGCCGGGGCAGCCGCCCUUCCCCGAGCUCAGCUACCGCGUCUGCGUGGGCUCCGACGUCACCUCCAUCCACAAGUACAUGGUGCGCAGGUACUUCAACAAGCCCUCCAAGAUCCCCGCUGAGAAUGCCUUCCGGUACCCCAUCUGGUCCACCUGGGCACUCUACAAGAAUGACAUCGACCAGGAUAAACUCUUACGAUUCGCUGAAAAGAUCAAGAAGUACCGUUUUAAUUGCAGCCACAUAGAGAUCGAUGACAUGUACACGCAAGCCUAUGGGGACUUUGACUUUGACCCUGUCAAGUUCCCCAACGUGACAGAGAUGUUUGCAAAAUUGAGGGAAGAUGGGUUCAAGGUCACUCUGUGGACUCACCCUUUCAUAAAUUACAAUUCCUCCAAUUUUGGUGUGGGGAUUGAGCGUCAGCUGUUCAUCAAGGAGCCGUCGGGGCGGCUGCCAGCCAUGGUGGAGUGGUGGAACGGCAUUGGGGCCAUCCUGGACUUCACCAACCCAGCAGCCCGGGACUGGUUCCAGAGCCACCUGCGCCAGCUCCGGCACAAGUACGGCAUCUCGUCCUUCAAGUUUGAUGCGGGCGAGACCAGCUACCUGCCCAAGCAGUUCAGCACCUUCCGCCCGCUCUCGGACCCCAGCAUCUGGUCCCGGCGCUACACGGAGAUGGCCAUCCCCUUCUACGAGCUGGCCGAGGUGCGGGUGGGCUACCAGUCCCAGAACAUCUCCUGCUUCUUCCGCAUCAUCGACCGCGACUCCGUCUGGGGCUACGAGCUGGGCCUCAAGUCCCUCAUCCCCACGGUGCUCACCAUCAGCAUGCUGGGGUACCCCUUUAUAUCUGCCGACAUGAUCGGAGGGAAUUUUUUCCCCAAUAAGACAAAUGGGGCGGUGGAGAUCCCCGACCGGGAGCUGUACGUGCGGUGGCUGGAGCUGUCGGCCUUCAUGCCCUCCAUGCAGUUCUCCAUCCCGCCCUGGCUCUACGACAAGGAGGUGGUGGAGAUCGCCCAGAAGUUCACGGAGCUCCACGAGUCGCUGGUGGCCCCGCUGCUGCUGGAGCUGGCCGGGGAGGUCACCGACACGGGCGACCCCAUCAUCCGGCCCAUCUGGUGGAUCUCGCCCCGCGACGAGGCCACUCACAGGAUCGACUCCCAGUUCCUCAUCGGGGACACCCUCAUGGUGGCCCCUGUCCUGGAGAUGGGCAAGCAGGAGCGGGAUGUCUACCUGCCGGCGGGCAAGUGGCGCAGCUACAAGGGGGAGCUGUUUGAGAAGACGCCAGUGCUGCUCACCGACUAUCCCGUUGACCUGGACGAAGUUGCCUAUUUCCUCUGGGUGUCCUAACAGGCUUCUCCCCCAGCUUUGGAAUAACCAUGCCUUACCUAGGACUUUCUAACAGAUAAUAAUUCUAAUUGCACAUUUCAUUUGUGACUGGGGUGGAGGAAGGGAAAUUAAAUAGACUUCACUGUUCUUGGGGAUAAUUUUUUUUUUUACUUGGGGAUUGAUCUUGUUUUUUUUAAUUUGGGUCAGGUGGGAAACUCUGAUUGGAUAAUGGGAGGCAGCAAUUUCUCUGUAUAGGUCAGUAAGAAUUGUCAUUCUGUCUGCAGACACUUAGUAAACCCAAUACUUUGUCAGUUCCCAAAGAUUUCAAGACAUGGAGGUUGGUUAGUGCCAGUGGGAGCAUUUCUAGUUCUCUAGGAGCACCCAGCACUGGGUAUGAGGGUGUGUGAUGUGGGAGGGUUUCUGCAGCACAGUGUGCCAUAAGUUUUAUAAUACGGCAAAUAUAUUGAAAAGGAUAUUUUUAAAAGCAGAAAGCAAAAUAUAGAUACGUAUAUAUACAUAUAUUUUUUUUACCCCUUAUGUCUAACGUGGCACCAGACUAAUAGUUGCCCCAUGCUCCUGCUUUCCUGUCUACCAGACAGGCCACGUUACUCGAGUGGUGGUGAUGUGUUUUAAUUUUAUGGGCUGCUUAUUGCCUGCUGGGACAGCUGCAUCCCACCUCCUCGCCCAUUUGACACCCUGUACAAGGCUCUUACCUUUGUAUUUUACCCUGGGCAUCAACACUGCCUUUCCUAGGACGGCACUGCCCAUACCAGCACGUCCUAUUAGUCUUUUUUAAACAUUUAUGCACCCGCUUUGUUACAUGAUUAUCCUGCUGAUACCAUCCCUUUUCUGGUUUUUAAGGACAGAUGAGGUUUGUUGCCGGCAGAAGGACUGCCUGGAGCAAAGCCGCUCUCACAAGCACCGAGUGUGGCGCGUCCCCGGGAACAGCCGGUUCCCGCGAGCAGCACGUGUCCGGGAUUGGCGGGGAGGUUUGCUGCUAGCCGGCUUGCCCGUGGGUGGAAAACACCGGCUUUCUGGACCGACGGGUCUGUGCCAGCGGGUGUUCUCACCGCGCCCACGGAAACGUUCUCACCCGCGGUGAAAUUAAACCAACACCCGCCUCAGGCCGCGGUUAGAGGCGAUGAUUUUGGUGAGGGUUUUUCUGAGUCAGCCCUCCUCUCUCUCUCUGGGAGAGUCCUAAGGAUCCUAAGGAUCUUCCUCAGGCAGCUGGAGGUGGGAUUGCUAUCAGAGGCUUCCAGAGGGGACACGGGGUGAUGAGAUCUUCCACCCGAAGUCCCCUGGAGCUGCAGAGAUGACUCUUUCACAGAUUCCCCACUUGGUUUUAUAUGGAAAGAUGCAUUUACAGAGACUCCAGACAGAGCAAGCAGGAUUGAAGUCUGGCAGCCUUCCUCCCUAAGGCAGGACAUUCCUGGCUGUGCCCUGGUUUGGGAACGGGUGUCAGCCCCUGAAUUUUUAAUAAGCUUCUGUGGAAUUGAACUGCAGUGGCUGGGAAGGGUUGGGACACCAGCCAAGGACAGCUCACGGCAUCCUCAGGGCUUCUCCUGGGAUUGUGUCUGAGCAUAGGUCUGUCAUGAGUCUGCCACUGAGGGAGAUGGUUCAUGUUUUGGUUAGGGUUGGGUACCAGUGAGGGUCUUUCUCAAAGUCCAUCUCCUACCACUGGGCUUUGCAGGAGGCAGAGAAAGAGAUGCACUAAACUUGGAGCUUGUGGUGGGAUCCAGGAGGAGAAAUUUAGGUGUUAGGGGCAAAAUCUGAAUCUACUUUUAUAGUUAGGAAAGAAGUGAGGAAGUCUGGUUUGAGGGACUCUUUGGAAUGUCUCUUAAGAUCUGAGUCUGCCCUGCAUAAUUCAGUGUUCUGGCCUCGAGAUGUAAGGGGAGCUUUAUAGGUCCUUGCCCAGCUGGAGCACAAGUAUGUUCCAAAGCUCGUUUUGCAGGCUUGUAAUUCUGAAGCACUCGAGCCUGUUCCUCACCACCAGUGCAAAUAGUGAUUAUGGCACCAGUUGCAGGUUGCUUCUGGCAAGGAGUUAAUCCUGGAAUCUCAGCGUCAUUUGUCAGGGCACUAGCAGGACUUGGGCCUUGCUUGGAGGGUGGAGAUGAAGGUGAGGAUCUCCUGGAAAUGAGUCUGGCCAAAGCCUGCAAGGAGGACUGGGUGUGGAGAGACCUCCAGAAAUUCUUAAAGGUCAUGGUUUGGGAGGCUCCAGCUCUUCCCUUUCAACCUUUGCUCAUGAAAUACUUGUCAUCCCUUGGCAUGGGAGUCAUUAGAUGGAGAAGAUGUUGCUGCACAGCUCAGCUGCCAACACAGAAGUGGGAUCCUUGACAUAGGACUUCAUGAGAAGGAUCCCAGGAGAUAUUGCAUAUCUUUUCCCCUGUUUCUGUGCCACUCACCACAUCCCUCACUAGUAAGGGACUGUGUGAAGAGAAACACAGUGUUCCUCUUAGCAUCCCUCUACUAUUAAAAUGAUGGGAGCAGCCAGAUGAGUGCCUUCAAUCUCCUCUCAGUGGUUUCAGGCACUGUAAGGGAGGUCAUGGAGGAAAUUCUCCAUUAGACACACUGUCUUCUUUCCCCUCCCCUCAAAAGAAAGGCUUUUAUUAACAAAGUUUUAAUUUUCUUUUUAUUUAACUAUAUCAUAAAUGGGUAAUAAUAUACAGCACCCUUAUUUUUCUAAAUGCUGUAUGGCUAUUCAGGACUCCAGCAAGGAGAAGGGUAAAUCUGCUGAGAGGAUGUAAAGGGUGGUGUUGGGGAUAGACUCAGCAGUGCAGCCUUCAGGUGUCUCACAGGCUUCAAGGUGCCCUUUCCAUCCAGCUUUUUACCAAAACCACUAUAUCUAACACUGUGCUGUAGCACUGCAGGACUUGAGGAUCUCUCGGACCUUGCAGACCACAAGCUCUGCACAGACACCUUGAGAACUGCUGCUAGGGGGACUUCUCUGAUUUACACCAUGAGUCACUGGCCAAAGCAGGAUUUAGCUUUGUCUCAGCCAAGGGAAAGUCCCAAAACCGUUUUGGGAGUUGGAUUCGCCUUUCCACGUGUGAUGCUCACGUGAUGGAAUUCUGAAGCUUGCACUGUUGUGUAUCGGGUUUUCCUGGGUGCUUGUGUUUGCACAUGCUGUCCUACGUCAGACUGUAAUGUUGGUGGGUCUGUUUUUAACCACUUUUCUAAUUCUUAAUUGUUAUGAACUGUAACAUGAAUCACCUUGAUUGAGAUAAAAUUUUGGAAAACAAAAAGAA